UGAUGCUGUGUUUUGAGUUUAGCGCGUUAAAGCCCUUUUCCUUUCUCCUUCGUAUCUUGCUAUAUAUAUUGAGAUCGUAUACCAAAGAUAUGAAAAACAGCAUCAAUUUACAUAAUCAGAUAAUAUUGUGUUUGAGAGUACGUAGGAUGAAGAUGGAUAAGAGAGAUUAUGAAGGUGUGAUGAAGUAUUUUGAUGAAGAUGGGGAUGGUAAGAUAUCUGCAUGGGAGCUGAAGAAGAAGCUGGGAAUGAUGGAUGAUGGUUGUGAGACAGUGAUGAAAGAGGUUGAAUUGUUGGUUGAGGAAUUAGAUUCUGAUGGAGAUGGGUUAGUGAGUUUGGAGGAUUUGGUGAAACUCAUGGAAGAAGCAGAAGAAGAAGAGAAGAUUAGAGAUUUGAAAGAUGCUUUUGAAAUGUACAAUGACUCUCAAAUCUUAGGCUUUAUAACUCCCAACAGUUUGCAAACCAUGCUUGCUAGGUUAGGUCAAUCCAAAUCCAUUCACCAAUGUAAAGCUAUGAUUCAUCACUUUGAUUUGAAUGGUGAUGGUCUCCUCAGCUUUCAUGAGUUUACAGUCAUGAUGAUGAUGCACUGAUUUAUUCAUAUCUUUCUACAUUAUUCUUACCCUUAUGUAACAAACACAUUAUUGAUUUAUUCAUUUCUUAAUGUUUCAGUAUCAUUUUUUUGAGAC